AAAAUUAUUCUUCAUUUCUUUUGGCUGUCACAUUUCUGUCCUUUUUCUUGUAUUUCUAUUGUUCCUGGGUCAAAUUUGCUGGUUAAACAAGUUAAAUUUUGCUUUGAUAGAUUCUAGUGGCAAUGUCAACACGAGCAAAUGAAUAAGGGAAAACAGCGAGGAAGAAACUGCAGAUACCCAAAUAAAAAUCUUCCUAUUUUUGAUCAGGGCAUUCAACAAAGAGAGAAGAAACAAAACAAGCAGGUGGGAGGAGAAAUGGCAAUGGUAUCUAACACUAAUGCAUUCUUAAAGACACAAAUGUACCAAGUUUACUGCAAAAAGAAAGAGAAAGAUAAGAGUCAAAAUCCUCAGCCUUAUAAAGUUAUUGAAAUUUCUCCGCCUCCCAAGAACCUUGGCAUACGUUGCCUUCCCUCUUUAUAUUGAGACUAAGAACCAGAGGCGGAUUCAGGAUUUGAAGUUUCCGGGUGCCAUCCGUCAUUCAAUCAAUUUGGGCUUCGGGUCGGAUUAUUCGUCUUUUCGGGCUUUGAUUCGGAUUAUAUUCGUCUUUUCCGAUGAAACAUUUAUUUAUAGCAAUAUACAGAAGAGAAAAACAUAAAACUUUCCAAUAAUAUUACUAAUAUCAUAAAUAUCCAUCAUUCAUUUACAAUUGUCCUCGAUGAGGUUUCACCUUCUGAAAAUGAUCAAUGAUGACAUCAUUACUUACAUUUGUAAAUACAUCACGCUCUAUGUAACAAACUAAACAAUCAUUCAAAUAUUGAUCACCAAUGCUAUUCCGCACUUCAUUUUGGAUCCGCCUCAUGGAUGAGAAUGCUCUUUCCACAGUUGCGGUAGCAACAGGUAAGAUCAGAGUUAAUUUCACAAGUAAGUAAACAAGUGAAUAAGUAUCCACAAGAUUUGCCUCAACCAAUGCUUUUGCCAAAUCACGAAUUCCUUGCAAGUUGGAGAACUUGGGAUUACCACUUCGCAUAUGAAAUAUGACAGUAUCGAGUUGGUAACUCAAAUCUCUAAUCUGUACUUCAUGAAGAGGGUUUGUUUAUUUGAUGAGAAUUGAGAAGAGAGGGUUUGUUUCUUUGAUGAGAAUUGAGAAGAGAGAGAGGUUCUUUUUUUUUUUUUUUUUGAUGAGAAGGAAGAGAGGGCAACUUAUGUUUUCAACUUUAAGAAAUAAAAAAGUCAAAGAUUAAAAAAUUAAAUUAAGUCAACAACAAUUAUAGAAAUAAGAAAAGAGAAUAUAAAGUUAAUGGGAAAUUGGGAAUUGUUUUGUACCCACUGCCCAGUCACAUAAUGUGCUUAUUGUUGCCAACAAGGUAAAAAUAAAAAUAAAGUGCAGCGUGCAGCCGCUGGGAUUCGAUCCUGCGACCGGACAGAAGAAAACAGAACCCUUCGCCAUUGGCACCAGCGGGGCAUUUUGUAGUGAGGGUGCCACUUUUAAAUAUUUGUAUAUAGUUUCUAUAUAUAUACAUAGGGUUUCGGGCGAAGCUUGAGGGUGGCGUGGCACUCCCACGACCCUUAAUGGAUCCGCCCCUGCUAAGAACUACUCAUAAAGUUUGUGCUUUUCUUGUUUCAAUGUAACAGUCAGAUGUUAGCUUGAUGCGAAACUAAGCAAAGGUAUACACACUGCAACAGAUGCCUUUCCUAUAUCGAACAUUCAUGUCAUACAAAAGACAUGUGACCUUUCUGUAAUGUUUCCAAUAAUGCUUCACUAAUUCAUUGAAUUGCUACAUGCAUAGACCCUACAUAAGAUUUUGGAAUUGACAGACAUCUAACAAUGGCCUUGCAAUUGGGGUAUAGUGUUUGAUGGUGUCUGGUCUAAUAGAAAGUUAAUUUUCAA